GAGCUGACGUCACUGCGCAGAGAAGUGUGCGUGGUAUUCUCGCACUAUUUUACGUCGUCUUUCGGCGGUAACGUUACUCAGUAUCACUCGAUGAGAAUAAUCCACUCCUCGAGUCAAUGCAAUGCAUAUUGAUUAGGGGACAGCCUGUUGAUGAGCACAGGGGCGUGGUGUCGCUGGGCUCCACACGUGCAGACAAUUAAAAGUGUCGACAAACUGCUGUGGGUAUUUGUUGGAUGUUCACCGAGGCAGAAAGUUACCAUCCGCAGCUCUGUUCUGGUGUAGCUGGACACGAAAAAGAGGCUAACAUGCUCCCGGACGCUUACGGCUGCGCUGUGGCGAACAGGUACGGGGAUCUUCUGGAUGACGAUGCUGACCCGUUCGACUUGAUCAGCAAAGUGGAAAAGGAGAAGCAGAAGAAGAAGAAGAAGGAAGACGAGGAGAAGAAGGGCAAGCAGAAGAAAGCUGGCCAGAAGGAGUCGCAGAAGAACAGACGCCUUCCCUUUGCCUCGGAAGGUCAAGACCCGGCUCCAGUCCAGAAGCAGCAGCAGCAGGCACGUCCUGGACCAGUGACUGAGAGGGGAGAUGGUAGAGAGGAGGCCCGUAGGGGCCAAACGAGAGCUGCCUUUGGGGAGCGUUGGGCCAACAAAGAGGAGUAUCCACAAGAGCUUUCCACCUCAAAGCCUUCCUAUAAUGCAGACUCUGACCUCAGGGGCAGAGGUGGGAACAGAGGUAGGAGAGGAGUAAGAGGUGGAGUAGGAUACUCAAGGAACUCUGAUAACUACGACCUGAGGGGCAAGAGAGGGUUUGAUCGACACAAUGGAACAGGUAUCUCUCCUGAGGAAAAGAGAGGAGGCAGAGGACCCUGGAACUGGGGCAGUGUUGAAGAAGCUGCAAGAGGUGAGUCAAUGGAGGUGAUCUCUUACGCUCCGGUCAAAUCUGAGGAGCCCCAAACAACUGCAGAAGAAGAGAAUCAGAAUCGAGUAAUGGAAGAAGAGGAUGGAGAAGUGCUGGUCCAGGUUGCCAUGGAGAUGAGUCUGGACGAGUGGAAGGCCCUGCAGGAGACGAGUCGUCCCAAGGCCGAGUUUAAUAUCCGCAAAUCUGAGAACAAGAUGCCCUCCAAAGCUAUGGUCAUCCACAAGUCAAAGCAUGUGGAGAAUGUGAAGGAGGCGACCCUGGAAGACGUGGAGGAUGAAGGCAACUUCCUCCGCAGGUCUGUGAAUGACAUCACCUCCCUUCUGGACAUCAAUUUUGGGAGCCUUGGACGUCCGAGUCGUGGGGGUCGGGGAAGGGGAGCAAGAGGAGGCCCAGCUAAUCGCCCGGAGAGAGCCAAACCCAUAAUGGAGAGGGAGGAUGAUCUGUGUCCCAACCCAGAUGACCCAGAAGACUUCCCAGCACUAUCGGCAGGAAAAUAACUGAAUUCACUUCUUGCUUACUUCCUGUGGGGAAUAUAGGUUGCACUUUACACUUGCUAAAAACACUUCAUGUUUCUGCUGUUCUUGAGGUUUGGAGUUUACUGUAUUUGCCAUAUUUUGUUCUAUUGAACAAAAGACACUGUUCAGUAUUUGACUCGUUGAA